GCCUGUCUGGCUUAGUAUUAACAAGUAGAUUAAGAACACUGGAAAGGCCACACCAGCUCAAAUCAAAGGUCCAUCUAGUCUGGAUCUCUUUCUUCACAGAGAUAGAAAAGCAGAAAGAGUAUAAAAGUAGAGCAAAUUAUAUUUUACCAAAUAGUAUCCCAGAGUUCCAACAACUUAAGACUUAAGGGGUUUGUGAAACAGGAUUUUCUAGCUCAAGGAUGUAUUAUGAAGUAUAAGCAUUAAAAAAAAAAAAAAAUCUCAUUUUAGGUUUGUCUAAUACCCCUAGUUCCUGUACUGGAAGAGACAACAAGUAUUUGCUCGCUAUUCACCAUCUCAAGGACCAUUGGUAUUUUAUGACUUGUAUCCUGUCUCCCCUCAGCCAGCUACUGUGCAGAACAGUGUGCUGCCCUAUUUUUCAAGUUCUCCAAUACCUGUCCAGAAUUGUAGAGAUACUCAAGACAGAAGCAAGUGAAAGUUUUGAAGACUGGCAUAAUUAAUAUACUCUACUUCAUUCUCUUUUCCCUUCCUGGAAAUCCCUAAUAAUUUGAGGGCACAAAGCAUUUUCGAAAAAUUUAGAUAUUAAACUUGCUUUGUAACUCUUGAUGAUUAGUGGAAUAUGGAAUCUUCACUACAUGCUGUUCAGACUGAUGCUUCUUGGGUGCAAGAGAAGUAUAAGCGUAAGUGUUACUAGUAACAAUCUUUGUUGUGGAAGGGAUUGCCGUUGCACAGAAGACACAAGGUGGGCAAAAUAUUGGCAUGAAUCGUAUUCCUCCCACUCAGUGUGACAACUGGGUAAGGACAAGUAAUGGAGGACAUUUUGCUUCACCAAACUACCCUAAUGUGUACCCACCAAAUCAAGAGUGCAUCUAUAUCUUAGAAGCUGCUCCACGACAGAGAAUUGAGUUGACCUUUGAUGAACCUUAUUACAUAGAACCUUCAUUUGAAUGUCGCUUUGAUCAUCUGGAGGUUCGAGAUGGACCCUUCGGUUUCUCCCCUCUCAUUAAUCGUUACUGUGGUCUGAAAAGUCCGACACUAAUUAGAUCAACAGGGAGAUUUAUGUGGAUCAAGUUUACUUCUGAUGAGGAGCUGGAAGGAAAGGGAUUUCAAGCAAAGUACUCAUUUAUACCAGAUCCUGACUUCACUUACCUAGGAGGUAUUUUAAAUCCCAUCCCAGACUGCCAGUUUGAGCUCUCAGGAGCUGAUGGAAUAGUACGUUCUAGUCAAGUAGAACAGGAAGGAAAAACAAAACCGGGACAAGCAGUUGACUGCAUAUGGACAAUUAAAGCUACUCCAAAUGCUAAGAUUUAUAUGCGAUUUCUCGACUAUCAAAUGGAGCAUUCAAAUGAAUGCAAAAGAAACUUUGUUGCUGUGUAUGAUGGAAGUAGUUCUAUUGAAAACCUGAAGGCAAAAUUCUGCAGUACUGUAGCAAAUGAUGUCAUGCUGCAGACUGGGACAGGUGUGGUGCGGAUGUGGGCAGACGAAGGCAGUAGGCUAAGCAGAUUCAGAAUGCUAUUCACUUCAUUUGUGGAUCCUCCCUGCUCAGGCAACACUUACUUCUGCCAUAGCAACAUGUGCAUCAAUAAUUCUUUAGUGUGCAAUGGCAUUCAGAACUGUGCAUACCCUUGGGACGAAAAUCACUGCAGAGAAAAGAAAAGAACUGGAUUGUUUGAACAAAUUACCAGAACUCAUGGAACAAUCAUUGGCAUCACAUCAGGAAUAGUUUUAGUACUUCUCAUCAUUUCAAUUCUAGUACAAGUAAAGCAGCCUCGCAAAAAGGUUAUGGCUUGCAAGACUGCAUUCAAUAAAACUGGCUUCCAGGAAGUAUUUGAUCCUCCACAUUAUGAACUGUUUUCACUACGGGACAAAGACAUUUCAGCAGAUCUGGCAGAUUUAUCAGAGGAACUUGAAAACUACCAGAAAAUGAGACGCCCUUCAACAGCUUCCAGAUGCAUUCACGACCAUCACUGUGGCUCCCAGGCCUCUAAUACAAAACAAAGCAGGACAAACCUCAGCUCCGUGGAGCUUCCCUUCCGCAAUGACUUUGUGCAGCCUCAGCCAAUGAAAACAUUUAACAGCACAUUCAAGAAAAGUAGUUACACUUUCAAACAAGCGCAUGACUGCCCUGAGCAAGUCAUAGAAGACAGGGUGAUGGAGGAGAUUCCAUGUGAAAUUUAUGUUCGAGGAAGAGAAGAUGCAGCACAAGGUUCAUUAUCUAUUGAUUUUUGAUUUCCUAGUGAAGGUGGUGUCAGUGUCUACAAGAUGCUUGUGUACAAUGACAGUAUAUAUUAAAAGUGUAUUAUAUGCAGCGUGUGAGAUACACAUGCUUUUAGCUUAUUAUAUUUCAUUUUAAAUAAGUCUGCAUAAGUAAUUCUUUCUGAGAAAUGGUGGAUUUCCCCCUGUCUUCCCAAGAUACUUAUCUAGUGGAGGAGUAAGACAGACUUUGCAUGGAAAUUAUAAAUAAAGGAUAUUGGAAGAAAAAACCCAGCAGUUACUAAUCACUGAAGACUGAAAAAAAUGAUUACUAUUCUCUUCCUUAUCUAAUUUUCUCUUCUUUAGGCGUCUGCUUUUCAAGACAAUUUUAAUACCUCAGUUACAUAAAUAAAAGUGCACCACACGUAUGUCAACAUAGGUGUCUUACUGUAUUUGUCAAAUUGAAAGUAGUGUUAAGUGCCAGUUAAGAAUCAAGAAUAGUGUUACAGCCAUGUUUCAUCUUGCCUACUAUUUAUAUUGCCUUUAAUUGUUAGUUCCUCACUCUGCUUUGUGAGAUGUAGGUGGAAAGGAUUACUGCCUUUUAAAAUACUGAGUCACAUGAAUUUUAAUAUAUUUGAACAUAUGUAAUUUUGCAGCUUGUGGUUUAAACGCAAGUUAAGUACUCAUGUUAGUCUAGAUGCAGACUUUCACAACAGUAUUUUUUCAAGAAGGUUUUGGAUUUUAAAAUAUUCUGCCAUGUAUUACAGAUCCAUAUGGCUCACUGAUUUCACAGCUCUGUAGUUAGAAAACAAUUUUGUUCCUGCCUUUUCCAAGUACUGUCAUAAAUAGGCUGUACUGUACAUUUGUUCCUUAAAUAGCUUUUUCCUCCAUAUUGCAGCAAAUCUUCCCUACUGAAAUCAGUGGUAAUACUUUUAGCUCAUGUCCUACUUGCCUGAAGAGAACUACUCUGAGGUCUGUGUGACUACCAGGUACAUGAAGAUACUGGAGAUAGAGAAAUCACAAAGCAACUCUUAAUUUACCCUUGGAUCAUUUGUUACACCCCUUGAUUCCACUUGCAAAAUUGCACAUUUCAUACCUUUUUUAAUAGUGGUUUAGACCUAAUUUUAGAAUUUUUACAAUAUAAAAAACUUUUAAAAAUAAAAUAAUUCUCAUUGUGUUUUUAAACUUUUUAUACAGUUUGAUACUGUACAGACUAUCUAUUGAAACAAAAUCUAACAGCUGUACAGCAGGCUUGUUUCAGUGUCCCUGUUUGCAGCUCAAAGUAACAUGCAGUGCCUGCUGUGUACAUUGCAGUUUGCCAAGAAUACUUAAUAUGACUUCUACAUUAGCCUACACUUUAGUCCCUGGCUUGUUUAGGUUUAUUCUGGUAUUUCGUUUUCAGGAAACCUUUCACUGAAGGUGACCAACCAGCAUGUACUGUGCAUAUCCUUUAUUUACAAAUGUAUGUAAAACCAUAAUGCUUGCUGUGCUAUUGUACAAAAAAAAAAAAAAAAAGAAAAAAAAACACCAAAACUUUAAUAUAUAACCCUAGUAACUGAAAAAUCUUUCCUUUAAAAUAAAAAAUUAACAACAGCUGUAAUCACAGAUUUCCAUAAGAAUGAU